AUUUACCAAUAUGCCCCCAGAUACUCAUUUGAAUUUACCAAAUUGCCCCUGUUCCCUUCCACCCCAUCUUCCUCUCUCUUUCUCCGGUUGCUCCCUCCUCCUACAGUCUCUCUCUCUCUCUCUCUCUCUCUCUCUCUCUCUCUCUCUUGGUGUAAUAAAGGUCCACAAGGCCAUGUUUGGCGGUGAGAGAGAUCUGACUAAUGGUAUGAACAACACCAUGGAUGAGAGCUCUGUAAGUAAGCUGACGCGUUUUUCUUCUGAGAGAAACAAGAACAACAACAACCCAGAUAGAAAAAUGGGUAUUUUCGACAAGGGUAUGGGUUUUCUCAGAGAAUCGGAGAUGGGUUCUUCUGAUGGGUUUCAGUCAAGAGCUUUCUCUAAAUUCGGUAACUCAGGAUCACAAGAGCUGACUCUAAGCUAUCUCUGUGAUUUCAACACUCAUAGUAAUGCUAAUAAUAACAGUUCUUCUAAACAGGCUUUUCUCGAGAAAGAAUUUUCCGGGAAAAAUCUGUUGAAUUCGUUUGAUAAAGGUGGUGGUGGGAGUAGUAGUAGUCAUACUAAUUACAAAGGUAAAGAAGUCGUCGUUGUUUCUGAAAACUCAAUCCAAGGUGACAAAUGGGUCGAGAGAGAUUUUCUCAAUUUGAAUUCGAAACGAGAAAUGGAAGUAGAAGAAGAACAACAACAUGAAGAAGAAGAAGAUGAUAAUGGUGUUGAGAGAGAGAAUCGUGAAAAAAGGCCGAAGCUUGAGACUCUUAAUCUUUCUCUAGCUUUACCUGAGGUAUCUCUUUCGCUCACAGCUUCAAAUGCUUUACAAAAUGGCGGUGAUAAUCAUAACCACAACCCGACUCGAUCCAGGCCUACCCGAAGCUUUCAAUCUCUUACUCAAACCACUUACUCCAACGAUUACACCAACGCUUCUCUUUCUUACUCUCAUUCUCACCCUUUUUCUCACAACCCCAGUUGCUCUCUUACUCGAAAUUCGACUGAGAAUUAUGAGUAUUCGGUUGGGAAAGAUGAUCAAAUUUGGAACUGUGGGGAAGGGACUAAUGGGUCUGUUCAUAGUCGGUUUAAGCCUGUUGGUGAUGGAGUUGCUUUGAAUAAUCAUGGCGGCGGUGGUGGUGGUGGGCUUUAUGCAUUGAUGCAAGGUAAUAAUCGAGGAAAGGACUCUUGUAAUAACAACAGUAGUUUGCAUAAGACUACUAGUUCUGAUAAUAAUAAUAAUAAUCACUCGUUUUUCCCAUCUGAGCUUCCUGCGAGGCUAAGGAUGGAGACUCAAUCUGGGGAUUCUAGAGGAAAAGCUGCUUCUGAGAGUUUGAGAGGUUUUGAGGGUGUUGAUGGUGGUGGGAGACCAAGGAAGGUGUCUAGACCUGAGAGAAUUAUUAGGGAAAUUGUGAAUGAGUCUGUCCCUUUAAUGGCUCAAACAAUUCAGGAACUUUCAGAUGAAACACUCUUGUCAACGAAGGAAUACUUGAGGAAUCUUAUCUCCAUGGUUGAUAAGAAAGAUGAGCUUGAAAAUCUACAGAACAGGCUCAAGAGAAGGUCUGAUCUCACUAAGGAAACUUUGUCUAAGUGCCAAAAGGAUCAGUUGGAAAUUUUGGUUGCUGUAAAGUUUGGUCUUGGGAGCUUUUUGUCUGUCAAAAACCGCCUUCCACCGGUCGAGUUGGUAGAGAUUUUCUUGUCUGUGAGAUGUAAGAAUGUGAAUUGCAAGAGUUUAUUGCCUGUUGAUGAUUGUGACUGCAAAAUAUGUUCUGAGAAUAAAGGGUUUUGCAGCUCAUGUAUGUGUCCUGUGUGCUUUAAAUUUGACUAUGCUAGCAAUACUUGUAGUUGGGUUGGUUGUGAUGUUUGUUCUCAUUGGUGUCAUGCCUCUUGUGGCAUUCAAAGGAAUCUUAUCAAACCAGGUCCAAGCUUGAAAGGUCCUUCUGGGACUACUGAGAUGCAAUUUCAUUGCAUUUGUUGUGAUCAUGCUUCUGAAAUGUUUGGUUUUGUUAAGGAUGUGUUUCUCUGUUGUGCCAAGGAUUGGGGUCUUGAAAACUUUGUCAAGGAGCUUGAUUGUGUUAGGAAGAUUUUCAGGGGAAGUGAUGAUUUCAAAGGCAAGGAGUUACACAAUAAGGCUGAGGAGAUCAUUUCUAAAUUGGGAAAUAAAUUGAUGUCUCCAACCGAUGCCUGCGGUUCCAUUACUCAAUUCUUCAAGUACACAGAUAACAUGUCGGAAUAUUCGUCUUCUGUCAUAACCACAAAAGAAUUGUCUUCAAAGACUCAAAGCUCUGUCCGAAAAGAGACUACUCCUAUUCCUCAAUCCACAUCUCUAGCAGCAAAGUAUGCACCUUACAACAUGAGUUCUAGUUUACAACGUGAUGUAAUAUCAAACGAUGUCCGUCUCAGUGACCACAAAUCUUCAAUCAUAAGCUCUGACGAUGACUUUAGAUUCGGCUCCAUAUCUAAACCAGAUGGUUUCGACAGCUUAGAAAGCAUAGUGCGAGUCAAAGAGGCAGAAGCUAGGAUGUUCCAGAGUAAAGCAGAUGAAGCACGAAGGGACGCUGAGGAAUACCAUCGAAUGAUCAGGGCAACCACCGAGAAGUUAGAAGGAGAACACGCCGAGAAGCUCUCAAAACUGUGCUUGCAAGAGACAGAAGAUAGGCGAAGGAAGAAACUCGAUGAACUGAAAGUUUUGGAGAACUCGCAUUGUGAUUAUUACAACAUGAAGAUCAGAAUGCAAGCUGAAAUUGCUGGGUUGUUGGAGAGAAUGGAGGCCACAAAGCAGCAAUGGGUGUAAUUUAUUUAUUUAUUUAUUUCUUUAAUUAUGGUUCUAAUUGUUGUGUACUGUGUAGUUUGUUAAUGUCAUUUUGAUUUUGGAGGGAGUUGUGUAACAAGCUCUGCUCAAGUAAGAAACAACCUUAAGUUAUUGCUCUACAAUGGAACAUUUCUCUUACUAUGAAGUUUUGUUCUGGUAAAA